AUGGACGACCUGGCAGCACUAGAGUCACUGGAGCAGUUAUCGCUCGUCUCCAAGAUAUCGUCAGAGCUGCAAAACCACUUGGGCAUCGCCGAUAAUGACGCCCGCAAGACCCUCGCCGAGUUCGUCAUCGCGAAACGAUUAGAAUGCGACACCCUCGAUGAUUUCAAGAAGAUGCUGCCCGGCAUGGGCGCAUCUUCCCUGCCAAACAGUUUAAUUGAGAGCGUUGAUCGGCUCGUGUGCACGAUGCACCCCAAGAUGAAGGGAAAGGCUCAACAGCAGGACGACAGGCCGACACGCACUAUUCGGGAGAACGAGCAGAUAUUCAAGGGCCUAAGCCUGCCUGAUAAGGACCCUGUGGGCAGCGGCAUAGACGAGAUCGACGAUACCCUGGCCCUUCUCGAAGAUUUGGAGGGAAAGGCCACAAAAGAUAGGCCGUCGAAAAGCAGGAAGCGCAGCCGCAGCCCGGAAGACGACGGAUCCCAUAGGCGGAGGAAAGACCGCCAUCGAGACCGAGACCGAGACCGAGACCUUUACGAUGACGAUUAUUCCAGGGGCAGGUCCCGAAAAUACGAUGACGACGCGAAUGGAGACAGCCGAAGGAGGCACAGGAGGCGAGGGCGCUUCGACGAUGACGAGGAGGACGAGGACGAACAUUUUCGACGACCCCCACCGCAGGAGGUCGACGAUACUCCACAGCUUUACAAAGUGUACGAUGGACAUGUCACGGGCAUCAAGGACUUCGGGGCUUUUGUCAAUAUCCACGGAAUAAAGGGAAAGGCCGACGGUCUUGUGCAUGUAUCCGCACUCGUCGAGGGGCAGCGAGUAAAUCACCCCUCUGAUCUUGUCGCGAAAGGUCAGAACGUGAAGGUCAAAGUCAUCAAGGUUGAGGGAAACCGGAUCGGGCUGUCCAUGAAAGAUGUGGACCAGGAGACUGGCCAUGACCUCGCUCCCCAGGCGAGGAUACAGUCGGGGGCUAACUCGAUGGCUUUGGGCAGCGCGGGCGCCAUGCCGAGCAGCCUACCAGCCAACGGCUUUAGCUCACAGAAGCGGCACAAAAAGCGGAUGACGUCGCCUGAAAGAUGGGAAAUACGUCAGCUGAUCGCAUCUGGAGUCGUCAAGGCGUCUGAUUAUCCUGAUUUGGAGGAAGACUACAACGCCACACUCACUGGCGAAGGCCAGAUGGAUCUUGAGGAAGAUGUGGACAUUGAAAUCCGGGACGAGGAGCCCCCCUUCCUCGCUGGACAGACGAAACAGAGUCUCGAAUUAUCACCAAUCCGAAUUGUCAAGGCACCAGAUGGGUCACUGAAUCGUGCUGCGAUGUCCGGUACCAAUCUUGCAAAAGAGAGGAAAGAAAUGCGCCAGCAGGAGGCAGCGGCUAAGGAGCAGGACUCGAAGGUGGAUCUGGCAACUCAGUGGCAGGAUCCCAUGGCAGAUCCUGACAAGCGAAAAUUCGCUAGUGACAUGAGGCAAGCUACGAUGCGACAAAAAACGGACGUGGCUCCAGAUUGGAGGAAAGCUAUUGCACCAAAGGACGCAUCCAUGGGCAAGCGAUCAAACAUGAGCAUCAAGCAGCAGCGAGAGUCUCUGCCUGUCUUCAACUUCAGGAGCCAGCUCAUACAAGCGAUCAAGGACAACCAGAUCAUGAUUGUGGUUGGAGAAACUGGUUCUGGAAAGACCACACAGCUUACCCAGUACCUGGCGGAAGCUGGUUUUGGUGACCAAGGCAUGAUAGGUUGCACGCAACCCCGUCGAGUCGCGGCAAUGAGUGUGGCAAAACGUGUGGCAGAAGAAGUUGGAUGUGAGGUCGGCGCCGAGGUUGGGUAUGCCAUCCGGUUCGAGGACAAGACCAGCAAAGACACUGUCAUCAAGUAUAUGACGGACGGUCAUCUUCAGCGAGAGAUCAUCAUGGACCCUGACCUGCAGAGAUACUCCGUCAUCAUGCUGGACGAGGCUCACGAACGUACAAUCGCGACGGAUGUGCUCUUCGGCUUGUUGAAGAAGACGGUCAAACGGCGGCCGGAUCUCAAAAUCAUUGUCACCUCGGCCACUCUGGAUGCGGACAAGUUCUCCUCGUAUUUCAACGAGGCACCGAUUUUCACGAUCCCUGGAAGAACUUUCCCUGUGGAAGUUCUCUACUCGAAAGAGCCAGAGAGCGAUUAUCUCGAUGCGGCAUUGGUUACAGUCAUGGAAAUUCACCUCGCGGAACCGGCCGGAGAUAUUCUCGUUUUCCUCACGGGUCAGGAGGAGAUUGACACAGCUUGCGAAGUGCUGUUCGAGCGUAUGAAGGCCCUUGGUCCCAACGUGCCCGAGCUCCUUAUCCUACCUGUCUACUCAGCCUUGCCGAGCGAGAUGCAGAGCAGGAUCUUUGAGCCGGCACCCCCAGGCAGCAGGAAGGUCGUGCUGGCCACCAACAUCGCCGAGACAUCCAUCACUAUUGACGGAAUCUAUUACGUCGUCGAUCCGGGUUUUGUCAAGCAGAACGCUUAUGACCCAAAGCUGGGCAUGGACUCCCUGGUUGUUGUGCCAAUAUCUCGUGCCAGUGCUCAGCAACGUGCAGGCCGAGCAGGAAGAACUGGCCCUGGAAAAUGCUUCAGGCUCUACACUCAGCAGGCAUUCGAGUCAGAGAUGCUCCCUACCACGAUACCCGAAAUCCAACGGCAGAAUCUAGCACAUACGAUUUUGAUGUUGAAAGCCUCGGGUAUCAACGACCUACUGCAUUUCGGUUUCAUGGAUCCACCGCCUAUGAAUACCAUGCUUACGGCCCUGGAAGAAUUGUACGCCUUAUCAGCCCUGGACGACGAAGGACUUCUCACCCGACUCGGUCGAAAGAUGGCAGACUUCCCUGUCGACCCCUCCCUAGCCAAGGGGCUUGUGUACAGCGUCGACUUGGGCUGCUCCGAUGAAAUGCUCACCAUUGUCUCCAUGCUCAACAUUCAAACCGUGUUCUACCGGCCCAAAGAGAAGCAAUCCCAGGCAGAUCAGAAGAAAGCCAAAUUUCACGACCCGCAUGGCGACCACUUGACGUUGCUCAAUGUAUACAACUCGUGGAAGCACAGCGGCUUCUCUAACCCGUGGUGUUUCGAGAACUUCAUUCAAGCACGGAGCGUUCGCCGGGCCAAGGACGUGCGGGAUCAGCUCACCAAGAUGAUGCAGCGGUACCGGCACCCUAUCACGUCGUGCGGCCGCGACACGGAGAAGGUGCGGAGGGCACUUUGCUCGGGCUUCUUCCGUAACUCCGCCCGCAAGGACCCGCAAGAGGGCUAUAAGACGCUGAUCGAGGGCACGAACGUCUACCUCCACCCCAGCUCCGCGCUCUUCGGCAAGAACGCUGAGUGGGUCAUCUACCACUCGCUGGUCAUGACGACCAAGGAGUACAUGCACAUCACCACGGCCAUAGAGCCCAAGUGGCUGGUCGAGGCGGCGCCCACCUUCUUCAAGGUCGCCCCUACCGACCAGUUGAGCAAGAGGAAGAAGGCUGAGAGGAUCCAGCCGCUGUACAAUAAGUACCAAGGAGAGGACGAUUGGCGGCUGAGCGCUCAGAGGAGGGGAGGGCGAUCGGGCGGCGGCGGCGGCACAUGGGGCUAA